AUGGACGGGGUCACGUCGGGAGCCCCCAAGCGACCUGUUCAGCAUCUGCGGUUGCAAUUGUCUGUUUUGGUGAAAGGUGACUGUGCGGAAGCCCUCGGUCGGGACUUGGUCACGCGAGGAGGCAUGAGGGAAGUCAAGUCGCCGUGUAGGAGCGUUGCUGAGCUCUUCACGUAUCGGCCUCUGCACGGCAUCGGCAAUAUGAACGUGGCCGUCCACGAGACAGAGGCACAAGUCCUAUACGAUGUUCCCAAUGAGGGCGUUAGGUCCAGUUGUGAAGAGACGAUAUUACGGUUCAGUGGCGCCAAAAUACCCCUCCGUACGGUACUUGCCCAGCAUGUUUCAACGCUGGAAUCUACUCCUCUGAAGUAUCUGGUGAACGGUCGAACGGUGACUGAGUGUCCAGGGUCGCCGGUGGACAUACGAUCAUUCCUCCUACAGAGUGGCUUUGAGCUCGUUGGUGACACAGGUCUGCAGUCACCCCUCUGGCAAGGCAUCAGCCCGCAGGGAGUUGUUGUACGCAUAUGUCGACUCUUCAAUGGUCGUCUGGAUGGACAGGUGUUGGCUGAGAAGGGCGAGGCGGCGUGGGAGAUCAUGAGGCCUGCUACAGAUCAGAACGCUACCCCAACCACACUCGAGGAGGCCUCACGCCCCGUCUUGUCCACUAUGGCACCAGAGGUUGGCUGGUCGUUGGUGCCACAACGCUGUUUGGUCACCAUCCAGGCAUCAAUACCAGCUGUUAAGGGUGAUGCUAGUGCUGUUGGCGAGGGAGGUGGGCAGAGCAAAUCUGUUAGUAAAGGAUCUUCGUCCAUGCCAAGUCGGUCCAAGAUGUGUGACGGUGUGCAGUUGUUGGCAGUGGCUCGGCAUAUAGAGCGGUUGGCCGACAUUGUAGGUUCGGAAGACUAUGCAACUUCUGAGAUUCGGGAUACUAGUCUCGAGUACUUGUGA